UAACUAAAUAAAAUUUUAUAGCCUGCUUUAUGCAUCGCACGUAAGGCGCUGUUAGUUUAUUCAAAGUAUUAUAUUUUUUUCAAUGUAUUAAUAUGGACUGCUAUCUCCAAACCAAACCUAACAAAAAAGAAAAACUUCAAACGAAGAAUAUAUCAAAAACGAAAGGAGGAAAAUGUCUUCCUCCUACGGUAAAGUCGACGAGCGUGAACAUGUGCUCGAAGCUCGUCGGAACUCGAGGAAGAGAAUCACAAUCAUCGUCGUAUCACUACUCGUUCUCGUCGGUAUCGUGAUCGGAGCCGUCUUCGGAACCAUGUCUAACAAGAAGUCAACGACGGUGGAAACCAGCGAUAACGGAGACUCAAUCUCCGUUUCCGUUAAAGCCGUUUGCGACGUUACACUACAUAAAGACAAGUGUUUCGAAACGGUCGGAUCAGCUCCAAACGCAAGCAGCCUCAAUCCAGAACAGCUCUUUAUAUACGCCGUCAAGAUCACAAUCGCAGAAGCCACGAAAGCUCUCAACGCUUUCUCCUCUUCAGGAGACAACACCACCAUGCAUGCUUGCGUCGAGCUUCUUGACCUAACGAUAGAUAACCUCGAAAACACGUUGACAUCAUCACAAAACGGUGACGUCACGUUACCUGAGCUAGUCAGUGACCUCCGUACAUGGCUGAGCUCAGCAGAGACGUACCAAGAUACUUGUACAGAGACGUUGGCUGAGUCUAACCAUCCAGAUUCUAAGACGUUCGGAGAAAGUCAGCUCAAGAACGCAACGGAGCUAACGAGUAACGCCUUGGCUAUCAUCACAUGGCUCGGUAAGAUAGCUGACUCCUUCAAACUCAGGAGGCGUUUGCAGAGUGCUGACGUGGCGGUGGAUUUAAACGUGGGGAGGAGGUUGUUGCAGAGCACUGAUUUGAGGAGAGUGGCGAAUAUUGUGGUGGCGAAGGAUGGUUCGGGGAAGUGUAAGACGAUAAGUACGGCUUUAAAGGAUGUGCCUGAGAAGAGUGACAAGAGGACGGUUAUAUAUGUGAAGAAAGGAGUUUAUUUUGAGAAUGUGAAAGUGGAGAAGACCAUGUGGAAUGUUGUUGUGGUUGGAGAUGGAGAGAGCAAGAGUAUUGUCUCUGGUAAACUCAAUGUCAUUGAUGGAACUCCCACUUUCCAGAGCGCCACGUUCGGUAAUUCUCUCGAAAUAUUGACCAUUUAUUUUAUGCCCAAACACAUAACAUGAUAUGAUGAACCAACUAAUCUAGUAACCUAGAGGAUUAAUAUUGAGAACUAAAGAUUUUUUUUUUAUCAAAAGAAUUAAUUUUUUUUUUUGUUAAGAUAAUAUCAAUAAAACUAAUAAUUUCUCCAGAUUUUCAAUUUGGUUAGUUUAGAAUGAUUUGCUUUGCCAAGCAUUUAUCGCAUAUUCUAUAUCAAUUUUUAGAACAUUAUUAGUUUCAGCUAUAUGAAAUAACUUGAAUGCUUGUCAUGUGGCUACCUAAUAAUACAACCGAAAUAGAUCUUAUGUGACAUAAUUUCUACAGGAAAGAUAUAUAAAUCCUUGAUUGUCAACCAAGAAACCAAUUAUAUGAUUGAUGUGCUAUGUUUCAAGAAACUAGGUUUUUAUACUUUGUUAUGCUUCAAGAAACCAGUUUAUAUACUUUCUUACAUGUGUUCUCCACAGCUGUGUUCGGGAAAGUGUCCUCCAUUGCAUAUGUAUAUGUUGGCCAUUAUACAUGUUCUAAAUGUCAAAAGCACUCUAUAUUUCUUUGAAAUGUACUAGAGAUUAGUUGUUCUAGAUUAACUUCGUUCAAAAAUUUAAUUGUCCUGAAGAAUAAAACACUUAAUUAUUAUAAGCACUUAUAAAUAAUCAUGAAUCAUGAGAAACAGUCGCUGCAUU